CUCGUUAUCCUCCUCCGCCACGCCCACACCGACGACCAUGUGGAGGUAGACAGCACCGUCCACUCCCACGGCAUGCGGAUUGUCGCUCGCUUGCAAUGUUCCUCUCGAACCUGGUGCAGCGAGCCCAGCAGCUGAUCGAUCCCGCUCAACUCCCCGGUCCUCUCGCCAACUUCAACUCGUCGAGCUCUGGAAAACCAUCCAAGGCGCAGCUGUUUCGACUUCAAUUUAGAAUCCCUGAAACGCAGAACCCGCUCUACGAAAUCACCGCCGAGCUCACUCUUCCAGGCAAGAAGAAGGGCAGCACGUCAAAGUCGCAGCCCGGAAAUUGGGAUAAGGACAAUUGGGAUCGCGAGCGAGGCACGCACUAUGUGGGCCAGUUGCAUCUAAGCGAGCAGUUUCUCUGCUUCUCUACCGUCCAGACGUCCUUUGUGAGCACUGCCAGCACGAGUGCGAGCAGUGGCUUCACGGGGAGAACACAUGGGACAGGACCAGCUGGCAAUGGUUUCACCUUACCAUUGUGCGCGGUACGGAGAGUCGAAAGACUACAUACUCAGGCCUUCCAAUUCGCGUUGGCUAUCACCACUUGGAAUGGCUUCGAGGCUGGAGGUGAUGGCACACCCGGUGCUCCAGCUCCGCCGAAGCUGACUAUACAACUUGAGGGCAGCCGCCAACAAUGCGAUCGCUUCUGCGAUGGCCUCAAGAGGGGUCUGAGGCAGGGCAUCAAAGACGUCGAUAACAUGCGAAUGGUCGCGCAAGAGUGCUAUUCAGAAUACUUUCUAUACAAUGAGUUCGAGGACACACCAGCAGAGACGAAGCCAGACGGCACAACUCGGGCUCCGCCGGAUACCGGAUUGGGCAGCAUAUUCAAAUACCCAGGCAAUGCGCGAAAGCUGCGUGAUAGGAGCAAAAUGAGGCUGUGGCAUGAGUAUCUCAAGGAGAAUGGGCGCAAUACGACGCUCGUGCGACAGCCUGAUUUCCACAGAUUGAUACGUGUUGGACUGCCCAAUCUGCUGAGAGGCGAGAUUUGGGAGCUCUCUUCUGGAUCAUUCUUCCUUCGAUUGCAGAAGCCGAAAAUGUAUCAAGAAGUACUAGCUAAGCACGAGGGCGAAGGCUCGCUAGCCAUCGACGAGAUUGAGAAAGACCUCAACCGCAGCCUGCCCGAAUACGCUGGUUUUCAAAGUGAAGAGGGCAUUGGCAGGCUGCGACGAGUAUUGACUGCGUAUAGCUGGACGAACACAGACGUCGGCUACUGUCAAGCGAUGAACAUUGUCGUGGCAGCAUUAUUGAUUUAUCUUUCAGAAACACAAGCCUUUUAUCUGCUCUCCAUCUUAUGCGAUCGCUUACUACCAGGCUACUACUCGACUACCAUGUAUGGGACUCUUCUCGACCAGCGAGUCUUUGAGAGUCUGGUCGAGAAAACCAUGCCGAUCAUAUGGGACCAUCUCGUCAAAAACGAUGUCCAACUGUCGGUGGUGUCGCUGCCAUGGUUCCUGUCACUAUACAUCAACAGUAUGCCACUCAUCUUCGCCUUUCGCGUGCUGGAUGUCUUCUUCCUGGAAGGGCCGAAGGUGUUGUUUCAGGUCGGUUUGGCGAUUUUGAGAAUCAAUGGGGAGGAGCUUCUCGACGCGACGGACGAUGGGACGUUUAUCUCGGUCCUCAAGUCAUACUUUGCAAGACUGGGGGAGUCGGCACAUCCGACAUCCGAGAACCCAAAGCACCGGGCUAUCACAAACUUCCAGGCGCUCAUGGUCGUCGCCUUCAAGGAGUUCGAGGGCAUUACACAGGCCACGAUAUCCGAGCAACGUACCAAGCACAAAGACGCUGUGAUGCAGAACAUCGAAUCUUUUGCGAAGCGAACGUCGAUACGGAAUCUAGGUCCAGAAAGCAAGAAGCUGUCCGCUAAUGACCUCGGCUUCCUGUAUGACAGAUUUUACAGCAUUCUUUACGAAAGACAGCAGCGAGCACAGAUGAUACAGGCCGAAUCAGAUCGACGAGCGAAACUUGCAAGACAGAGAGCAAGCCAAUUGGUGACUGGCGUGCCUGGUAAUGUGCCUGAAAUGGGGCGAGUAGCACUAGGUGCAAGCACGAGCACCAUGGACUACGAUGCGUUCAGAGAAUUCUUGGCUGGUGUCUCGAGAUGGGCGCUCACGGAUUCGCCUAGCUCGCCCGUCAAGGACGGCAACAGUAGCAGUGGCUACUUCGGCAGCUCAUCACGAGGCAAACCGCCCAACUUAUCACCCUGGGGAACAGGACCGGAACCUGCCGAUCACGAUUUCAUGCGGCGAUUGUUUGGUAAAUGGGAUGUAGAUAGCAAUGGGUCCCUAUCACUCCAGAACGUCGUGGUGGGCCUCGCGCCGAUCAAAGGUGGGCGCGAUAUCAUGGCGAACAUCGCGUACUUCUUCGAGCUUUACGACGAUGACAAAGAUGGGAGGGUGGAUAGAGAAGGCAUUUUGCGCAUGUCAGAAGCGCUCUUGUUUUUGGCUCGCCGGGGACUGGAGGGCGCCGAUCUCGUACAACAUCAUGCCGAUACAGGCCCUGAUGGCAUCCCACUAUCCAAGGAUGAGCAGUUCUUAUCGGCAGUAUCAUCGUUCAUUCGAAGAUGCUUCGAAUAUGCGGAUCCAGAUCAUCCGUCGCGACAGGGCGAGAAGGACAUCAGCGAAGCUGCCAACGCCGUUGCAGACAUCAAACUCAGCGAAGACAGCGAGGAGGAAGAUCUGCUUGUCGACGAGAAGGAGCUGAAGUCCACUGACGAGGAUCCGUUGGCACAAGAACCAGCGCCCGAGACCACAAAGAUAGCGGGGAACUCUCUGCCGGCACGACCUUCAAUCAACACAUCUGGCCAGACCGCGAAGCCCAGAGCUGUCGCUGCCAACGCGGCUCUCGACCCCUCGAGCCCAGUACACAUCACUCUCCCGACCUUCCGUAUGCUUGUGUUAGCAGACGAGGCGCUCGAAUCCUUCUUCGACUCUGGUUUUGCCAACUCUUUCCAUCUAGCGGACGCACCUCUGCCUUCCACGGCGCUCACCUCGCCAUCUUUUCUCAGCGUUUCGAGCUCGACGCCCGGCAAUGAGAGGCAAAAUCUGCGGAUACCCACUCUUAGCCCCGGUGGUCCAGGUGCCGGAGUCGUGCCACCUGGCAAAGGUUUGCGAGGCAUGCUCGAUAACAUCGUUUCGGAUGGUAUGCGAGUGGCGGCUGAAGUCAAGAGGAGAAUGGAUGAAGCCCAAAAGGAACUCGAUCGUGGUGCUACUACCCGAGGCACUGAAGAUGACGACGAUGAGGAGGGUGAAGAGGGCGUCGGUGAUCUUCUUGGUGGCGUCGAAGCUGAUGCAGGCGCUGCAGGGACUGGCGAUGCCGCGAAGAAGAGCUUGGAAAGCCAAGGAGGAAAGGACAAGGUCCCUGCUUCACUGCGGAAUGAAGGCAUGGCUGCUGAGCCGGUGAAGAGUAGUGGCGCGAGUGUCAAGAGUACGGAUACUGGUGUUGUGAAAGAUACCAUGUUCGAGAGAUAGAUGUGGUGCUAGUAGUGCCACGAGAUGCACACCUAGGUAAUGAAGCAAAUUAGUGAUCAGUCUCGCUGAAUCACAUGAUGGAGUGCUGGUGAAGGAGGAACAUGUCGAAUAUGUCUUGAAAUGUCUUCUCGACUUUGUGCCACCAGGUAUCCUGCUGAAUACGCAUGGUGGACUCUGCAGAGGGAACGUGGCAUCGGCCAACAUUGCGGUCUUCGAAUUCAUUUGAAACAGCGCGUUGUAGGAACCAGGAGAAACUCCUAAUCACCAAGCAAAUCGGAUGAACAAACGUGACUAAGUUAGGUAUUUCUACAGUUCGGCAGGCAUAACAGACAUGCCUUGAUCUAUAUAAUCACCUCAACAAUCUAUCAAGACACAAAGCAGCUUCCAGACUCGGGUCGCGAUCUGCCAGACCUUUCUCGAUCUGAUAGCAAAAAGAAGAGUCGUUAAGCCAUGAACAGUCGUAAGCAAGUUGAUGAAUCCAAUCAUCUUUUUGGUCCCCAAAACGCCGCGCCUUCACAUGGAACCAUCGAACAGUGGCGAUGAGGCAUAACACUACGAGACAUAGGCAGGAGGGGCCUCUUCCAUAAUUCGCUCUUCAGAUGGCUGGCGCCACGCUUUUUGUUCCGCGCGCCCCUGCUCGACUUUCUUUGCAAUCUCUGUUGCCAUCUUCUCCAACCACGCUCGCUCUAGAAUACCGCCACUGCCGCCUUCGCUGAAAGCUGUCAAUAGACUUUGUAGUUUGAUAUCGGAAGAGGUUCUGCUCAGGUCAGAAGAAGAGUGGCGAAAGUCGUAAGGAGGUCUGCGGCUGAUUUCAGGUGAAGGUGAACGAGAUGGAAAAGCCUGUGUUCGCACGGCGUUGUUGGCGGUGGUUGAUGUCCUCGGGACGUUCUUUUCGUCCUUUUUUGGCAAGUACAUUGAAGCUCGAGGAGUACGAUCGAGGUCAUCGUCAGGAUGUGCGAGCGGCGGUAACGAGGUCUUUGGCGUACAGGGGCGUGAUCUGGAUAGCGGAGGCCGAUCAACAGCUCCGUCUACAUUGUCGGUAUGAAAGUCAACUUUCUUCUUUGGACUUCGUGGCGGAGUGCUGAUCUCUCCUUCUCGCGCAUUGCCACCAAUAGCGGAAGUCGCCUGUGUACCCGAGCGAACAACACUUGGUGAAGAGCCAGUCUGACUUGCGCUCUCAUCAUAUCCACUAGUACCGACGCUUGCAUUUUCCAGAGUAUGACCCUCAUCUUUAUUCUUCCUGAGGUUGACUAUCCGAUGUUUUCUCUUCUUUGGUCGUGCUCGCGAUCCCGAGCUACCCAGACUAUAUAGCGUUGCUGUAGACGCCAUGCUGACAAGGCUAGGCCUAGUAGCUUCAGUGCCGCCUCCAGACGCGAGCGAAGUAGCUGACGACACCGUGCUGUGCGAAGCGAUCGACGUGUGAAGUCUUGCGAGGCCUGGACGCGUGGAGGCAAUUGUGCCACCCAUCUCCUCACGGUAUGUACCAGUCCAUGCACGAUAUACUGUAUCUCUCAUAGCUGGCGUGAAGAGACUGAGUGUCCGCUGACUUUCGGCAAGUGUUGCCAACCUAAUCAUGUUCUUUUGCGAGAAUGAUGCAUAGGUCUCGGUGGGCGGAUCGAGAGUGAAGGGUGCUCCCAUGGUUUCCUCGCCAUCAGGAGUGGGCUGCAGUGCUGGACUGGCGAGCGGAUCGACAGGGACUUCCCCAGGCGCAAGAUCAGCCUUCCUUGGUUCCUGGUCUUCGGCCGUCUGAUACUCGGGACGGAACUUUGACAAAGACAAGCGAUGUAUGAUCGCAGGUAAAUCCUCCAUGAACAAGACGCGAAGCUGGUUUUCGAUGGUCUUUUGCAGGUAGUCUCGGACAAAGGGUAUCGAGUCAAACGUAGAUGACACUUUCAGCUGCUCCAACGGAUCAUUCCUGAACACGAUGGUGAUGCCCUUGGAUUUGGAGAAGACCAGAAUGACGAAGCCCGACAGGCGAAUCUCCGACAGGGUGAUUUGGAUGGGGAUGGUCAGACUACUGCUCGCCGCCAACGGCUGAGGACUCGCAAAGCUGGGCUUGGUCGAUAGAUAUGUAUGGAGCGGAUUUGCUUGUACCCUUGUUUUCAGCGUCAGAUAAGCGUCUCCUGCAUAGCUCAUCUUGAAGAUGCCUCUGAAUCUGUCCUCGGCCAAGUCACCAAUCUCCAAGAUUUCCAACUCCGGCGGUGUCGCGCCCAAGUUCAACUCGUUGACAAUGAUGUCGUCGACAAUGAUGGGCGGUUUGGGCGAUUUGUUCAGCGCGCUCGUGAGCAUGUCGCGAACUCGAUCGGUAUCCGCAAUGAGCGGCGACCAGUUGAAGUUGAAGGCCAUUCUGGAUGUGUUCUCGUCGUCGCCGUGGUUGUUGUUGUAGUCGUCGUCGCCGUCGUCACUCGCAGCGCCGGGCUGGUCAGCGGCGGAAUGGACGGUCCUGCUGACGACGCAAGACAGCGGGUCGCGAGUCGCAUGACAAGAAGCGCUGCUGCUCUCUUCCCCUCUCCCUCCGCCUCUGCCUCAGCCUCUGCUGCUGCCUCUUCCAAUGGCAGUCGGUGGUUCUAGUAUAUGACGGGGAUCAGCACGAGUCGAGUGCGACGGGAUGUCGUUGGUGAUUGUGAGUGGGUGUGGGAUGAGUUUCG